UGUGCCUUUUUUGUGACUGCACCAACGUGUUGGGUGUUGGAAAUGUUGCCCCGUGUCUUUGACCCAUCACUCACGCUCCAUCCCACCCUCCUCUCCCGAACAAAUCUCUGUUAAAACCUAACAGCCCUCCCCCCUUUCCUCAACCUCGCUAAUCCCAAGCAGGGUGGUGCACAGGAUUUGAACACUGCCCCUCUCUCUCUCAGAGACUCCCUCGACACCGACCGCACCAGCCAUGACUCGGAACUUCCGCCAGGAGCUGUUGACCGCCUCGGGGGGAUUUCACGAGAAGUACAAAACCAAGGAGGUGAUUGGAAGAGGAGUGAGCAGCGUGGUGCAACGCUGCAUUCACCGGACUACGGGCAAGGAGUAUGCGGUGAAGGUGAUGGAGCUGGCGGACGACAGAAUGACUGACGCUCAACUCGACGAGGUUCGCCGGUCCACACUGAACGAGGUCCAGAUCCUGCAGAUGGUGUCGGGCCACCGGAGCAUCAUCACACUCAUCGACUUCUUCAGCUCGGCCACCGUCGCCUUCCUGGUGUUUGACCUGAUGAAGCAAGGGGAGCUGUUUGACUACCUCACCAAGAAAGUUACUCUAAAGGAGAGGGAGACCAGGGUGAUGAUGCAGGAGCUGCUCCAGGCAGUGGAGUACCUGCACAGCCGACACGUGGUUCACCGCGACGUGAAGGCAGAAAACAUCCUGCUGGAUGAUGGGCUUCACAUCCGUCUCUCUGACUUUGGAUUCUCCUGCCUCCUGCGUCCCGGCCAGCGACUGAGAGAGCUCUGUGGGACCCCGAGCUACUUGGCACCAGAGCUGCUGAAAUGUUCGAUGGAUGAAACACAUCCAGGGUACGGCAUGGAGGUUGACAUGUGGGCAUGUGGAGUCGUGAUGUACACCGUCGUCUCCGGCUCCCCCCCGUUCUGGCACCGGAAACAGCUCACCAUGAUGCGCAACAUCAUGGAGGGCAGGUACCAGAUGAACUCCAGCGAGUGGCAAGACCGGUCCCACACCAUCAAGGAUUUGAUCUUCCGGAUGCUGACAGUGGAUCCCAGCCUGCGGAUCACAGCAGAACAAGCCCUAUCCCAUCCCUUCUUCUACAGCCACAAACUAGAAGAACAGCCUUUCACCUCCCUGCAGAAGUUCCGGGCGGUUGUGUGGGUGAUCGUGCUCUGUGCCUGGCUGUGGGCGAACCAGCGACACCGCCGGCCUGUGAGCCAGAACGACCUCAUACAGGACGCCUACCGGAUGAGACUGGGCCGCCGCCUCAUCGACGGCCACGCCUUCCACCUCUACAGUCACUGGGUGAAGCGAGGCCUGGUUCAGAACCGGGCCGCUCUCUUCCAGAACACUCCCCGCGCCCUGGCUGAGGAGGUCCACCUCAGUCACGACUCUUUUCUGCACUGACCCCAGGAUCACUGACCACGAUUGACUGCUCCAGGUGCUGGGCCUCGUUCGGAUGUGUUCUGCCCUGAGAAUCUCCAGUCACAGACCCGCGUGUCGGAUAUCGGGUGGGGCGGGGAUGUGGCAGGGUGGCUGGGUGGCUGGGCUGAUACUGUGGCCGGAUGGAGGGAUUGUCCCUCAGUCAGGGGUCUGCGCCUGGCAAUGGUUGCUGGGUCCAGGGGAUGGGAGCAUGAAUCUGGGUGAAUGUGCACAUCCAACUUCCCACCACCUCACCCCCUCCCACAACUCCUCCCCUCAUUACACUCCCUCUCCCUCAAUUCCUUCCUCACCCUUUCCUCUCCUUCCAACUCUUCCUCACCCUCUGCUCAAUCCCCUCUCCCCCCAUUGCUCCCCAUCUCUCACCCCUCUCCUUGUGACCCCGAUGGUGUCCCUCCUUAUUUUCUCCACACCCACACAAGUUUCCAGUCCCCCCCCACUUCACCAACUCGCAUAAUAUUUCACAAAUAAACUUUAU